AUGGCUCAAGAACAGUCUGCGGCCUUCCAGAAGGCUAUUGUCGACUCCAAGAAGCUGCUCAAGAAGCCUUCUAACGAGGAGCUGCUCGAGCUCUACGGUCUUUUCAAGGUCGGUACCUUCGAGGACAUCUCCAAGGCCGAGGUUCCCGGCAUGUUCGAACUCAAGGCCAAGGCCAAGAAGGCCGCCUGGCAAAAGAUCGUCGACGAGGGUGUUACUCCCGAGCAAGCUCAAGAGAAGUACGUUGCGCUCGUCGAGAAGCUGAAGGCCACCUAUGGCUUUGACGAAGCCAAGGAACCUGAAGCUGUUGGCGCUUAG